AUGCAUUGCUAGCCCUUUGUGCGGUCAUAUAUGUUUUGUGCUUACGCUCUUGCUUCGAUUGACUGACAACUGCAUACGUAAUGGCGACCUCUACUUCUGACAAACAUGGCGCGGCCAUGCAACACUCCCUCGACUCGACAUCCCGCCUCAAUGGCUCAUCGCGUGGAACGCCACUUGGACCCCGCAAAGCACCCGAAAAGCCCGUUAGACACCGCACAGUUGACACAUCAUCACUUAGCACUUCAUCCACCGUCAGAUCGGCGUCGCAUGCGAACAGAUCGCAAACGGUCGACUCGCAUGACAUGCAAGCGCGCCCAUCUACCGCUGUCGCGGGCCCGUCCAAGACGUGUAGUACCUCUCAGCCGUCGGGAUCGCCUCUUUCGUCGGUCUCCGACACAGCCUUCCCCACUGCUGGUCACAGUGGGAGUCCAGGCUCCACGUCUACUUCGCUUCUAUCUAGCAGAUCGCAUUCGCACGUGUCAGGGAUGACUCUUCCUGCGCGGCUCGGACCAGGGCGCUCACCUCGCCAGUUCCGUAAAGUGUCUGGUGCGAGCACCGAUGGCAACCACAGUGAUGCGGGCGUGCACCUCGACUUUAAACGGCUGAUGAGCAAGCCAGCUGUCCAUACUACGUCGAGCUCGUCAGCUAUCUCCCUUCCCUCCGACUCAGAGUUGUCAACCUCAUCUCGUCAGUUCGCCCAGGCGACUGCGUUAUCCUUUGGGCUACACCCUAGCCAGUUGGAUCGACUAGCUCUGAGGCCGUCGUCCAGGAGUUCGGCCUCGCCAAACCGGUCACCCUCACGCGACCCGCCCCGGUCCAGCUCGCGGUCCUCGCAGCCUAUGUCUCCGCCCCAAGUUAAGGAACCUCCGAGGAAGCCCAAUGUCCUUAGACGUCGGCCCUCCACUACUGAGGCUCAGAACCCCACGACCCGCACACUUCCCUCCAGACGAAGAAUGCGCUCCAUCGACGGCCUCAGACCGCUGGCAACUGAAGCAGGGGCGAUGCGACUUAGCAGUCCACGCAAGAACUCGCUACCCUCUCCGUCUGCCCUCACCCCAGCGGGUCAAGUCGCGCUCGCAUACAAGCAACAGGAGCAGCGACGCUCGGAAUUGGAGGUGAUUUCGGGGUGGGAUGACGACGUUAGAAGACUACCGGGCGACCCAUCAUCGAGCAACGGCAAGGAGCGGCGUGGGGUGUCAAUGGAGAUCGCAGAGGAAGAGGAAACAACUGGGCCAUAUUACACUGUCUUCGGCAGCGGCUCUGGACAUGUAGUCGCUGCCAGAAGUGCGUUUGUGGGUGAUCCCUCGUCGGCACCAGCGCAUGUCUCAGCAGACAAAGCGGGGGGCGAGUUUCAAAAGAAGUCGAGACGUACGCUGUCGAGGAAGAUGAGCGGCAGUUUCAAGAGGGUCGCCGACAUCGUCAAAGGCGAGCGGGAGUAUGUGGGCCAUUCGCGAGAGGAGAGCUGGCGGGCGUACGAAUCUAAGCCGCCGAGGUCGUCAAAGCCAUCCUCUCUCGGGGAAGAACAUACGCUGUCUCAGCACUCUCCGACUCAUCCAUCAAUACGCACGGCGCGCAACAGUCCUCAUAGUCCCCACAGCCCACGCAGUCUCCAGGACGACAAGUGGCCGACGGGACGUGAGACCCCUCUUGAUGAAGGCGGGCCGCGGGCAGGACCUAGUAGGCUAGGGCAUGCAAAGGGCAUGCAGAGUGAGCGGGAGGACGAUGGCGCCGGGGGCAAGUGGUGGAAGCUCGUCAAACGGAUCAGCACUGGCGGGCUCAGGGACAAGUAUCGUGAGCCACGCACGUCGACACCACCUCCCGUACCACCCUUGCCGCUGGGCAUGCAAAAGCUCGUAGAUCAUCGCUCGACAUUCGAGAUUCGCCAUUCACCUACAAAAGGGAGCACAACGGAGGAUCGGGCAUCCAAGUCAGCCUCUAUGCAGGGGCGUUCUUCGGGUAGCGGACGUCCAAGCACUGGGUCCAGCCAGAAGGCAUCAUCUCGACAUACGACAGCUUCAAGGCCUUCGACAGGCGGAAAGCAUUCGUCAUCACCAUCUAUGCCGAGACCAAGCACGGCGACCAGGUCGUCUUCCCCCAUUUCCUCUGAACCCGCCUCGUCCGGCUUUUUCCCGAAAGCUCACUCGAUGCGAUCGUCGACGUCGUCAUACGGCGCAGACGUCCCUCCCGUUCCUGGUUCUCAGGCAUCAACCGUUGGACAUCAUAUCAUGACUCCUGACGAGCUGGGGCGGCUUGACGUGAUCAACGCUGCAGUACCGAAGGUGUCACCGAAGCGCAAGCCUGUCCGGUCGGCCUCUGAGCCAAGCGCUGGCCCCGAGCCGUACACGAGCUCUGCGGACGAGAAGCCGCAAUCGCUGCGGCCACCUCCACGGCGCUCGGGCACGAACACUCGCGACCCGUCCCCACAGGAGCGUUCAGCUUCCCCAACCCUACCGUCAUUCAGCACGGAUGAUUGUGUAAAUACGUUCUCUCCCACUGCCCUUUCUCCAAGCACCCUCCCGCUGUCCGAGUUUGGUCAGGCACCACCGCGGCCGGCACGCAGUUCGCGCAGAACGCCGGCGAGCAUUCAGGUGCCCUCCGCCGCUGCGCUGGCGAGUGCAUCUGCGUCAGCGCGCUCGCCGGGUACCCCGCGGACCCCUAGGCCGCCGGUGCAGACUUCGCUGGGCAGAUUCGCCCCUGAGCGAGACUCGACGAGCACGGUCAAUGCCUCUCGCUUCAGCAAGACAUCUGCGCCGUCUCUUUCGUCGUCUCCCGUGUCGUCCUCGACGUCGCCAUCGUCGAGCUCGUCGCAACGCUCGCCGCUGCUGUUCCGGGAACUCGAGUCGCCGCGACAAGCGUGGACGGAGCAGGAGAAGCAGGAUAAGUGGGACGCGUUGCUUGAGCGCAGUGCGCGUGCAGGCGGGACCUUGCACAUUGGUGAGACAGGCUUGCUAUCGGAUAGCUUGCGCCUGUCCAAGUAUGAACUCUGAAGUUAGAUGAUGAUUUGGAAUGGGGGUAGGUAGACGGAGGUGUCGCGCGCGCGCUAAAGUAUGCUCACUGAUGUUAGUGAUAUGACAUUGACAAUGCUCCUCACAUGUAGGAGUGCCACUCGUUUUCGUCGUGCUGCUAGGUAGCUAG